GACGCCGCCGCCGGGUCGUUGCGGGGUCGAGCGGCGCCGGAAGCCGUGCCCCGGGGCUGUCCGUCUUCCCGCGGCGCCGGAAGUGUGCGCCGGCUGCAAGGGUCCGGCUCGAGGGUCGGGGCGAAGCCGCCAUGGCUGAGGGCGGCAGCCGCCCCGGGCCUGCAGGUAACGUUGCAGGUCCUAAUCUGAAGGAGUGGCUCCGGGAACAGUUCUGUGACCAUCCGCUGGAGCACUGUGAGGACACGCGGCUCCACGACGCGGCCUACGUGGGUGACCUGCCGACCCUCAGGAGCCUGCUGCAGGAGGAGAGCUACCGCAGUCGUAUCAAUGAGAAGUCCGUCUGGUGCUGUGGCUGGCUGCCCUGCACGCCGCUGCGGAUCGCCGCCACCGCGGGCCAUGGGAACUGUGUGGACUUCCUCAUCCGCAAGGGCGCCGAGGUGGACCUGGUGGACGUGAAGGGACAGACGGCCCUGUAUGUGGCUGUGGUGAACGGGCACCUGGAAAGUGCCCAGAUCCUCCUGGAAGCGGGCGCUGACCCCAACGGAAGCCGACACCAUCGCAGCACACCCGUCUACCAUGCUUCCCGAGUGGGGCGGGCCGACAUUCUGCAGGCCCUCAUCAGGUACGGGGCCGACGUGGACAUCAACCACCACCUGACCGCUGACACGCGGCCCUCCUUCUCCCGGCGCCUCACCUCCCUCGUGGUCUGUCCCCUCUACAUCAGCGCAGCCUACCACAACCUCCAGUGUUUCAAGCUGCUCCUGCAGGCUGGGGCCAACCCCGACUUCAACUGCAAUGGGCCCGUCAACACCCAGGAAUUCUACAGGGGCUCCCCCGGGUGUGUCAUGGACGCCGUCCUGCGCCACGGCUGUGAGGCGGCCUUCGUGAGCCUGCUAGUGGAGUUCGGGGCCAACCUGAACCUGGUGAAGUGGGAGCCCUUGGGCCCAGAGGCGAGAAGCAGGAGGAAGGUGGACCCCGAGGCCUUGCAGGUCUUCAGAGAGGCCAGAAGUGCUCCCAGGGCCCUGCUGAGCUUGUGCCGCGUGGCGGUGAGGAGAGCUCUCGGCAAGCACCGGCUCCACCUGAUCCCCCUGCUGCCUCUGCCUGACCCCAUCAAGAAGUUUCUGCUCUAUGAGUGAGUUCGCGGGCAGCGGCUGCGUGCAGUGAGCCGCGGUCUGCCGUGGACGUGGACCCUCACCCCGUGCACCGUGUCCUGUGCUGCUGAGCUUCCCAUCGGGUUGCAGGCGGAGAACGGGCCCGCCUCCUGCCGGUUGGAUCCUGCCCCGGUGCUCGGGUCCUCGUGCGUCUUUGGGUCUAUUGGCCAGGAAGCUCUUCCACACCUGGUCUUGACUGACCUAGGCAUCUCAAGUUGGAUUCUCCAGGGACCAUGCAGUGUGAGCGGUGUGGGCCGCAGCAGGGUUCUGCUGGUGUCCCCACGAGGGAGGACGCCCAGCACUGGCCAGACGCGCUUCUAUUAUUUACGCCUCUUAGUUCUGUUGUUUGAUUAAAGCCUUCGGAUAUCUAAGGGAAAAGGAAGUGCUGGUUAAAAAGAAAGUGCUGUGAUGAAGC